UCAAGUUUUUAUUUACACACCCGAUUUGUGAAUUAUAAAACGUAGAAAAUAUGCGGGUGUUAGAAAUUAUAUUUACUGUUCAAAGCAAUGGAUAAUAAAGUCAUAUGCAUAUUUUAAAUUAUUAUCAGAUAAAAAAUAUGAAAAAAAAGUAGAAAAACAUUUUGUGUGCACAAAUAUAAAAAUUUAAUACGAAAACAUGUCUUCGUUACAUAAAAAUGAAAAAUUAUCCGAAGUUUUAGAACUAUUUCUAUUACCUAAUUAUAACAUCGUAUCUACUACCUAUCUCGAUCUUUUAUUAUCUCAUAUUUCUAAAGAUAUUAAAGAACAUGACACAACUAAUUAUGAAAAUUGUGAAUUAUUUCAAAAAUGGGUGUUAAAGGCAUUAAAUAUAUGGAAUUUUGAAUGUCUUCCCUCACAACCUAUAAUUAUAUUUACUUUAAAACUAAUAGGAAUAGUUUCACAUAAUGAAUUAAGUUUUCACUAUUGGCAAUCUAAAGAUGUAUAUAAUAGAAUAUGUAUUAUUUUUAAUUUACGUAAAGAUGAUUUGCCAGUGUCUAUUAAAAUGGCUUAUAUCACAAUGUUAUUGGACUUGAUUAAACAUAGAAGUGGCAGACAAUGGAUUAUUGAUUCUAAUAUUUGGAAAGAUGUGAUAAAAUAUGCUCAUCGGAAUCAUACUUUAUAUGUCACUCAUGAAAGUCAUAAGUUUUUAUGGCUUUUAUUAUCAUAUGAACAACAAAAUAUUGAUUUUUGUAAAGAAAUUAUUUUAACAGUGGCUGCACCAUUGAUAACUAAUAAUUUUAAAACUCAAGAAUAUAAAGUACUACAAGAUAAUUAUUUAGAACAAAAUAAAUUAUUAUGUACCACAUUAGAUUUAUUAACCAAUAUUGUCGAAAAUACAUUGUUUACAGACAUAGAUAAUAUGAUAGCUGAAUUAUGUCAAGAAAUUAUUGAUUUAGAAAUGAAAGUGAAAGCUCUAUUUGAAGCAUGUAUUAGUACAAAACUUUUAUCACAUAUUCAUAAAUUAUUAAUUUUGUGUUUAUUUAUUCCAUUUAAACGAUUCAUUAGAGAAGAAAAAACUAUAGAUAUUGAAACAUCACAAAAGUUCUAUAGUGAUUUAAAUUAUAUAUCUCUGAUGCUUCUUUCAAAAGUAUAUAUAAUAGAAUUAGUAAAAACAAAUAAACUAUUAAUGAUAUAUUGGAAAAAGUUACAAUCUUUGCAUAAAUUUGUUUUUAAUCAAGAACAUAAAUUUGAACAUCAAGUUAUAAGUUUAAUGAUUUUACCUUUGGGUUUAUGUAUUAGACAUUCAUAUAAAGAUUAUGAUCUUUUUGAUAUGUUUGUUACUAAAUUAUGUGAUGUAACAUGUACAGCUGUACAAAGAUUAGGAUAUAAUAUAAGAAAUGUUGUACUUAAAAAUGAUGUGUCUGUAGCACAGAUUUCAAAAGUAGUUAUUGACAUACUUUUAGAAAUAACAGAUAUCAUGGAUAGGGAUAUUGCAGUUAUUGUAUUUCAAACACUCUGUCAUGUAUUAAGAAAUUGUAUGCCAAAUACACACAAUGAAACUAUAGAUAAUAAAAAUAUUGCAACAGACUUAGAAAAUGGACCAAGAAAAACAAUAUAUAAGUAUCCAUUGGAAGGAGAUCCUAUAAUCGAUCAUCCUACAUUGUUAUCUUCACUUUUAAAUGGUUUAGCAGUCAUGACGGAGAAAUUUAAAUUAAAAUGGCAAGAAUGUGUAGAAACUAUAUGCUUAUUUUCAUUAGCACAAGAACUUUUGAAUCAUCCUGGGGCAUCAUCAAUGAUUUGUGUGAAAGCUUUAAAAGUAUGUAAGUUGGCAAUUCAGAAUUUUAUGCCACCUAAUUUAGUACUAUUAAUUGAAACAGAUAGUCAUAUGAAUGAAAUUGGACCAACAUUAUUUAAAAGAUUACAUGAUAUAAAUUGGGAAGUAAGAGAUAGUGUAUUGGAAGUUUUAAAUACAAUAGCUAUAAUUUCAGAAGACAAAUAUCCGGCAUUCCAAGAAUUUUUAGUGGCAAAUGAGUUUUUGCAAUUAGCAGUUGAAAUUGCUAGAACAGACAGUGAAAGUUACGUUCGUGCAUCUGCUUUAAUUUUUAUUUCGACUAGUGUUCGAAUAAAUAAAUUGUGGAAUGAAAAAUUAUCGCAAUUUGAUUUAUCUAAUACAGCAAUAAUAUUGUUUAAUAAUGAAAGUGAAGCUAUAGUUAGAAAAGAAGUUGUAAUUUUAAUAAAGGAAUUAUAUAUAUAUCGUAAAUGGUCGAAAGAUAUUAUCGAUGCUAUGACACUAGCAAUGAUAAAAGCUGCUGUACUUGAUCUUCAUUGGGAAGUAAAAAUAAGCGCUCUUAAAUUUUGGAAACAUGUUAUAAAAUCACACUUGUCUGAUCAAGGUGUACUUGAUGGUCAUUUUCCGAAAGUAACAUUUUCAAAAGAACAUAGGAAAAUUGUAUCUUUGAAUGAAACUGAAAUAAAACGAAGACUCAAUAAAGCAUUAGAUGAACUAAUGAAACAAAAUUGCUUGGGAGUUCUUCUAGUUACUUUAGAAGAUAGCGAUUUUGAAGUAUGCAAAACAUCAGCAUAUAUAACAAAUAAAUUAAAAACAUUCCUCUUGAAGUACAAACUUAAUGAGCCUUUACCAGCAUUGCCUCUGCCCAAAGAUAGUGCCACAUUAGAUACUUGUUAUGUUAAAUACGAAUCAUCGGACAGCAUUACAGAUUCCAACUGUGAGAUGCUUAGUAAUUCUAGUAAUAUAAUCGAAGAAAUUGUACAUGCUAAUGAUGCAAAUCUACUUAUUUCUAUCUAUAAAAAUUCAAUGAAAGUUGAUAGUAAAACGCAAAAAUCAGAAGAGAAAACAUUUCAAUAUAUUUCCUGUAUAACUAGACAAAUUUUUCUCCAAACUAUCUUUAACUUAGAUAUUGAUGCUUACAUUGGUGAAAAAGAACGAUGGUUAACUACAUAUACCACCAGUUUUGAAUCAGUGUUGGAUGAUAUAUUAACAGUGUAUAAACAAGAAAAUGUUAAUUCAAUGGAUUGUUAUUAAUUAUAUAAUAACGUGCCUUAUACAUUGAAUAAGAAUUCAAAUCUUCUAUAUGAACAUGGUAUGCAGUUUUUUAUUUUUCUAUUACUUGUUGUAAUUGUAAAGUUAAAAUUUUAUGAAUUAUAUAUCAUAUACAUUAUAUGUUAUUUUUAUUUUAAUUAUA